AGACGUUAGUACUUAGUAGUAAAUGCUAAAAUGCCGAAGUCACAUAUUAAUAUUAGUAUUACAAUCUUCGAGUCUCCUAUUUAAGUUACAAAUUAAUUAUUUAACUUACUAAUCUGUAUAUUUUUUUUUAUUUAAAUGUCUGCAGUGUGAAGUAUGUAUUUCUCCAUAAACAUUUAUAAUUAGUACAAUAUUAUACUUUAGUUUAUAUAACAUAAAAAAAAAAACUGAGAGAACUUAAAUUGCAAUAGUUGAAGUUGUCAAAAUGAACAGUGUACGAAUGAUAAUGCCAUUAUGUUCAAAACAAAUAUUUACAGGUAAAAGGUUCAAUUCUAAUUCAAAUAAUUUAACAAAAGAGGAAAACAAGAUUUUAUAUGAAAAAUUAUUGGAUAAAAGCUAUAGUAGUGAAAAACAUACAGAAGCAAGUUCUUUUGCUAAAUGGGUAACACCUCAUUAUAAAUUUGGGCCUUCGCGUAUCAUGAAUUAUGAUUGGUCUAUAAAAAGCAUACAUUCUUGGUAUAAAAAUAAAAAAGUUGAAUUUCACAAGUAUAAUCAACGUUAUGUACCUGAACGAGUAAAAUCACUCGGAAGUGAUAUAGCUGUGGCACAUUUUAUUGUUUAUCGAGGCGGUGCAAUUAGAUUUCGAGGGCAGGAUAACUUUAUCAGAUGGACUAAUAAAAAAGAAGAGUACUUUGUUAAUCUACCGCAAAUGUACGACCCUAAUUAUUUUGUUGAAGCUAUUGAUGCAUCAAGCCUAAUGUUUUAUUACCAAGGAAUAGAAAACUUUAAAAAUCUAUUUAAAUUGAAAUGGCUAAAUUUAAGUAAUAACCCAGUUCUGGACAAUUGGUGCCUAGAUUACAUAGGGCAUGCAAUACCUACUUUGGAAUAUUUGGACAUUUCCAAUUGUCGUCAAAUAACAGCUGCUGGUAUAGCUGGUCUUCAAAAACUAACCCAACUCAAAAUAUUAGUGAUAAAUAGUAAUAAUAUAGAAAUUCAAAUGGCAUGCUUUGCAUUGGAAGAUAUAAUUCCUGGAUUAUUUGUUUUAAUUCAGGAUAAUAAUGAUGUUAAAUUAGAAACAAAAAAAGAAAAUCUAAAUGUUAAUGAAGUAUAAUAAAUGUAAAUUGUAUUGUUUGUAUCAAUAAUAGUUAUUUUUAUUGUUAAUAAUAAUGCUUAGAGCAUUUUUAGCUUGAUUUAAUAAAAAAAUGUAUAAUAUA